UUGGGAGUAAAUUGAGAUGAGCAUUAUUUCAGUAUACUUUUGGAAACUUAUUUGGUGUGCUCUGGAUUUUCUAAUGUGCCUCGGCGCAACGGUUGAAAAACACCGACAGGCAGAGAGGCUUGAUGGAUGAUGCAGUGGCGGAGGGUGACAUGCUUCUGCAAAGUAACCGUAACGCAGUGGACAGACUGUGGCCUUCCACAAAGAUCCCAUACAAGAUUGCUUCCAAUUUGGGCUUCCGCACCAAUGACAUUGAGAUGGCGCUGAACAUGAUCUAUUCCCACACCUGUUUGUCCUUCCACAAGCGUACUACCGAGGUGGACUACCUCUACUUCAAAGACGGCUUUGGGUGUGCGUCCUACGUGGGCUUCAUAGGCGGCAAGCAGGAUGUGCAUAUGGGCAGCAACUGCAGGUUAGGCAACAUCGUCCACGAGGUCCUCCAUGCGCUGGGAUUCUACCACGAGCACACAAGGAUGGACCGCGGGAAAUACAUCAGCAUUGUGUCCGGCAACAUCAUGAAAGGGCAUCAUAAAAACUUCCGGAAGCAAAUUGGGGAAACGUUCCAGCUCGCGUACGACCUGACCUCCAUCAUGCACUACGGCAGGACUUUCUUCUCGGCAAAUGGGAAGCCCACCAUCGUGGCCAAAGUGAAGGCCACUAACAUGGGUCAGCGCGUCGGCAUGACUCACACAGACGUCCGAAGAGUUCGUCUGCUCUACAAAUGUGACCAAAUGAGCAGAGUGGUGGCACCCCAGUGGUUGGAACCUGCAGACAAAUCUGCGCCACCCUUUCUUGCGCAUGAGGAAGAUGCCAUCGCCCUCCCCCGCAAUACCACCCGGUCCCUGCUGGAGAGCGCCAGAAACACCAGCUGA